AUGGAGCCGCCCUCGCUGCCGCAGCUGGAGUCGUUCAAAUACAGCGAGCUACAGCAGGUGGCCAAGGCCGCCGGCCUCCGGGCCAACCUGAAGGCAGACAAAUUGCUGAAAGCUCUGAAGCAGCACUUUCAUGAGCCAAAACAAGAAAAUGGAAGUAAGGACUUUGGAAGGAGCGCAUCCUCCUCCACAGACACAGAGCAACUCAGCAGUCCAGAGCAGGUCAAACCUAUUCCAGUGUCCUUUGUCACAAAAAGGCGUGGGAAAGGGAGGAAGGUAGCAACUGGAAAGAUGGCCUCCAAGGAGGAAAUUAAUACUAAUGAAGAAGAUAUGGCACUUCCUGUUGAGAAAGAGAAUUAUUCAGAAAUGACAGAAAAAGUACCCCGGGAUGGAGACAGCAAGACGCCAAAGACAAGGACAAAGACAAGCAAAAGACGCCAAACCGAGGAACCUGUAGCUAAGAACAAAGCUCCUGUGAACCCAGCGAUGCAUCCCAUGCAGAGCCAGCAAAGGGAGAAGAUGGUUUCUGCUAAACGAAAUGGAGCUGAAAAUGACACUCUUCCAGCCCAUCCUCCAGCUGGGAAGAUCCCUCGAUAUGUAGACCGUCUGUCUAAAACCGGAAAAACAGGAGUGAAACCCAUUACGCCAAAUUUCAAGAAGCUGCAUGAGGCUCACUUCGAGAAAAUGGAGUCUAUUGAUGCCUACAUUGAGAGAAAAAAUAAACUGAUUGAAAACUUCAGCAAUUCUAUCAAUGAGGUCAAGAUGUUGGCUAAAAAAGCUAACCACCCAAAGGCAUGUGAGAAAGGAACUCCACACAGCAAUUCUAAGAAACGCUCCGGCGGCAGAGUGUUUUUAUUCAGCCCACAUCCCCAAAGAGGAAGGUUCUCUACCAGUUGUACUCCAGGCAACCUGCGGCGCUCCCCACGCAUCUCUGUAGGCACUGGAAAUCUGAGUAUUUUAUCUCAGAAAUCUUUAUUCAAUCCCUCCAUUCUCUCAACAACCAAAAUGAAUGUCAGAUUCUCAGAAGCUACAAAAGAUAAUGAACACAAGCGCUCCCUUACCAAGACUCCAUCUAGAAAGUCACCAUUCUUGGAGAUUUGCACACCUGAUAGCCAGAAAAGUGGCAAACCCACAAUUAGAAAGAGCACUAAUGGAAAUGCAACAAACCAUGAUCUGACUGCAUCAAAGACCAACCCUAAUGCUGUUACACCAUUCAAGUUUGCAGCUCAGACUGCAGAACCCACAAGUACCAAGAAGCCAACAUUUGAUCUGAAAGCAAGUCUGUCAAGGCCACUUGGAUAUCAGCCACACAAAGGAAGACUGAAACCUUGGGGUGACUCAAAAGAAAACACUGUCCUGAAUAAAUCUAUGAAUAGCAGUGUCUCUUCACACACACAAGAUUACAAACAGCCACGUCUCCAGACCAGAGAAGGGAGGCGUGAGAAGCAUUUGCUGGAGAGAAAGCAGAAAAAGGCUCAGCUGCUUGGAACCCGCAGAGGACUAUCCAUGGCUUAG